AUGGAGAAACUUUUAGAGGUUAUUAACUGUCCAGCGCACCUAAAAGUAAAGCUGGCUUCCUACUACCUAUCUGGUCCAGCAGAGUUAUGGUGGCGUUCUGUCAAGGCCACUAUGACUGAUACCUUUUGGGAUGGCUUUCUUAUAACUCUUUAUCAACAAUUCUAUCCGCCAUCACUCCAAUGGAAAAAGGAGAAUGAGUUCUUACAUCUUCGUCAGGGUCUUAUGACCAUGAUUGAGUAUAGUUGUAAGUUCAAUGAGCUAUCUCGAUUUGCUUCUGACAUUGUAAGCAAAGAAAGUGUUCGUGCAUCCCGCUUCUUCGAGGGUCUUAAUCUUAAGAUCCAAAAGGGGAUUGGGAAGUAUUCUGACAUCCGAGAUCUUUACGACCGAGAGGGUCAUGUUUCCACUAACUGCCGAGAAGGGAUCCAGUUGGGAGCUAGUAGUACUGGUAAUUAUGGAGCUCCUAGUUUUUCAGGAAAUGUUCAGAGUAUUGCAGCUAGGAGGACUGCCGGUUUGCACGCUAUUAGCAACCAUGUAUACAAUCUUCAUCAGGCGUUUGAGGGUAAGUGUAUUGAUUAUAGGGAGAUUAAUAAGAUCACCAUUAAGAACCGUUACCCUUUGCCCAGGAUAGAUGAUUUGUUUGAUCAGCUAAGAGGCGCUCAGGUGUUCUCGAAGAUUGAUUUAAGGUCUGGAUAUCAUCAAUUGAGGAUAGCCAAGGAGGAUGUUUCUAAAAUAGCAUUUCGGACCCGAUAUGGACAUUAUGAGUUUUUGGUGAUGCCAUUUGGGUUAACAAAUGCACCUGCAGCAUUUAUGGAUUUGAUGCAAAGGUAUCUUCGUCCUUAUUUGGAUAAAUUCGUGGUUAUUUUUAUCGAUGAUAUUUUGGUAUAUUCAAGGAGUAGGGAAGAACAUGAAGAACACUUGAGAAUGAUUCUAGAGCUUUUGAGAAAAGAGAAAUUGUAUGGGAAAUUUAGUAAGUGUGAGUUU